AUGAUCACUGAAAGCCAAAGUCACUUCCAAAGGAGCAAUAGAGUGAAAAGAUGUAUUGAAGCAUCACCGUCGGCGCCCCGAACGCUGAAGAGCGCGAAGGAUGAUACCAGUAAUACUACUACUCGUCGUCGCCGCGGUCUGAAUUUCGCCGUCGCUGGUGAUAAAAAAGACUUGUCUUUAACUGAAAAGGAGGUAAGAAAAAGAAAAAUAUAAUUUUUGUGUCAUUAAUAAUUCUUCUGCGUGGGUACGACAGCAUUCCAUUUAUUUCGUUGUUUGUAUGGUGAUUCACGAUUGUGACACCUCAAAUAUUUUCUCACACCUUCAGAAUGACUUACCGGAACCACUGGAGAUCUCUCAAACCAUGAAUCUGCAAGAAAAUCCAGCUCAACCAAAGGUAAAUUUAUUUUUAAGCUUGUUUUCAUUCAUUCAUAGGCUUGUUGUUCGGUUACUUGUCAAAUAAUUUCAGAAUUACUGAGUAAGAUUCUAACUUGCUCGACAAGGAUGCCGUUGUUAAUUUCACCUUCGUAUUUUCCUGUAGAUAAGAAGCCCUUUAGCUGACGAAGACAGAUUUGAAGACAUUCUGCAAAAAGUUCUUGUUAAAGUAGAAAAUGAGUUGUUAGAGGUGGCGCGAAGAGUGACAAAGUCGGUUCUAAGAGAACGAGGAUUUCCCGGUAUGAGUACGCUAAACUUCGAGGAGAUUGUCAAAGAAGUAGAGACUCAAUGUCCAACAGUGUUCAAGUUGUUAUCGCAGAUGAUCCAACUCAGUCACAACUCCGAUAAAAAGACAGCUCCUUUGGCUCUUAUAUAUGGAAUCAUUAUGUUUAGGAGAUGCAAAGAGUUGAGCCGUGUUCAGCGAGUCAACACAGUCCUUCUUAAUGACGGCGGUGCAAGUCAAGAGGUGUGUAGACUACAGAAUUGAACUACUUAUAAUCAGCUGAUAAUAAAGCUUAAAUAUUCAGGAGUCGUUACAUGUAUUAAUAACGAAGGUUUAGAGAAUUUUACCCAUCAAUUGUACAUUGCAAUUAUUUCUGUGACUUUUGGAUAUUUUGCAAUUCAAUAUUUUUUUGGGAGGGUUUCUAUACGACUUCAUUAUCAUUAUUGCUAUUAACGGUUUUACUAAUAUUAUACCAUGCAAAGAUCAUUUUAACCAGGUUUUCAGUAUUUGAGGUAUAUUUAAGGGUAAAUUUAAUAAUCUUAGAAGAAUUUGUGUACAUUUGAGAGUAAAGGUUUGCAGAGACAGACCAUGAAAAAUGGGUGUGGAAUUUCCUUGGUAAACAUGGCCAAAUUAAAACAAUUUAGUCUCUUCAGUUACCAAUGCCUGAUUGUGUGCAGGGACUCAUGAUAGUUGUAUGCAUACAACGCUCCAACUCUUGACAUCUUUAAGACUUUGCAUGCAAAAACCAUGAUUCCCUGCACGCCUCCCAGGGAAUGGUGAAAUAUUUAGAUCCUUUUCAGGUAAAACAGCAAAAUUAUGUUUCUAUUCUAUUUUAAGCUUGUAGAUAGUCUUAACAAGUAUGGAUUUUGCCUGGAGAAAUCCAUGAAAUAUACUAUUCAAGAAGAAAUAGGGAAACAUUUCCUGGAUCAUGUCGUACAGCUUGUAAAGGAAGGCAGAUCAUUUGUAUUUGUUCUGGACAAUGUUGAUUGGGACGUCAAGGUGCAUGACAUGAGGUCUGACAAGCAAAACCGAAGUGUCCAUGCUGUGGCCACCAGCAUAGUAUUUGAUCGUGUUUCUUCUAAGCACUUACCAGAUGCUGGCCCAAAAAACAGUCUGGCAAAUUGCAACCUCAAAGACACCUUAAGUCUCAAUGAUGAGGAAAAAAGAUGUACAAGGGAGCGGUACAAAGUGUUCAUUGGACGAAUCUUAGUUGAGUUCUUUCCAGCAUUUGAUUUUCUUAAGGACUUUGUCCCUGAUCAUACACCUUGUGAGUAUCACACGGAGAUGAGUACCAAAUCAGUUGUGGUACCACUGCCAGUCCUCCUCAAAGAUGAAAAGAAGUAUGCUGAGGUUGUUGAUGUGCUUGAUCAGCUUGAGCUCUGGACACGCGAGAUAUACAGUAAGGCUGGCCUUUGCAAUCCUGCAGACCCAGAGCAUGUCCCACCUGGUCCUCCCAUUGGGGCUCCUGCUAGACCGGAUCAACCAGCUUCGCAUGUGCCACCAGUUCCCCAGACUGAAGAUCCUCUAGCAAAUGUUAAAAUACCUUGUUAUGGCGACCAACUAACAAGAGUAAGAUUGGCUGGUGCAAAAGAUUUGAGAGCAGGAUGCCACACUCCACAAGACAGAUUGGAUCACCUGUAUCCAUUCAGAAUAGUGGACUGGCACACUAAGAGAAGCUUCCUUAAGGUAAAAUGCCAUUUCAUUUUUUUUAUCAUGUUUUAAGUGGAUUGAAAUCCUCAUCUACUAUAAAGUGCUCAAUAGCAGAGCUAGAGCUAUGGAUAAUUAUGAUCCAAGAGCUGGGUUAUUUAAACAUUUACUGUAACGCUGAGUUUCAUGCUUCUUGCAAAGCAAUGAUCAGGCAACAAGAAGCAAGAGUUGCAGUAAAUGUUUAAAUAACCCAGCUCUUGGAUUGUAAUUAUAUAUAUAUAUAUAUAUCUACCGUACGUCCUAUAUAUAUAUAUAUAGAUACAUAGACUUGAACUAGGUCAAAAACAUUUAUUUGCUACUCUAAGUUUCAUGCUUACGAACCAAUCAUAUAUAUAUGAAGUAAAUGUUUGGCAAUGUGUACAUUAUUUUUUUAUGAAAAGGGGGGUGUUCAACAUAAUCAGGCUUAUCAAUGUGACAGUAGCAUUUUUAUGCUAAUAGAUAUUCUAUUGCCAGACAUUUAUUUCAUUAUGCUGCAAGAAUCUUUUACUACUUAUUACAUGCCCUUGUUUUUUCGAUAAUUUUUUAUUAAAUAUGAAAAAGCAAGCCCCGAAUAAGUGUGAAAAAUCAAGUUGCAGUUGACAAUUAAGUCUACAAAAAGUGCUUGUCUCCGCUUCAACAGAACAAAAACAUAAGUACCUUUUGUAAGAGUUUAUCGAUGACUGCAAUUCAAUUCAGUGCUACAUAGCAACAAUUUGCUUUUUAUUUUUAAAAAUAAAAAAAAAUUAAGUGUAUGCUUAGUUUAAAAUUCUUUAUUCUGUCCACUUUUUUGAAAAGUGACUUGGAAGUGGAUUUAUGGGCUAGGACAUGCAAUUUUAGCAAAUUUCAGCAAAGACGAACUGGUUGCUAAGUGCAAGACCAUCUGUUUUUGUUAUAUGUGGCAGUGAUUUUGUCACUAAAAUACUGUUGGUAUACCAAGUGAAGUUUGGAACUCAUUAUUAACAGAAAUAAAUGGCAGGUUUUAAAUACUGUGACCUAGCCCCUUUGAGGAUGAUUCUGAACCAUUUAGAUGUAAAAUACACUUGAACCAUAAUUAAUAUUAUUUUUUGUAGCUUAUUUUUAAGAAGCUGUACAAGAAUUCUGCCCGUGAAAAAGGGACAUUGCGGUUCUUUCGAGAAAAACUACAACGAAGAAAUGUAACUAUUGAUGUCAAACACUUUGAAGACUGCGAGCAGUUGUUUUUAAGCAUUGGCCGGUGUUUCACAAUUGAAGCAUUACUUAAUUUCUUCAAUAUGGAAACCACGGAUGCUCGUCCUACCAGGAACUGA